CUGGACUCAACGAUGACACUUGAUAGGUUGAACAUAGCAGGGAAGGGCCAUGUCACCCAGGAUUGUGCUGUUGGAACGUACACAUUGUACAGUAUGGCACACAGUACAGGAGUAACAGGACCACGUCUUGGUCAAGGAUCAACUGCAGCAUAAGUUGCAUAACCACCAGCAUACACUCGUUGCGCAUGAAAUGGUCGGCAGUCAAUCAGGGAAAAUCAGCAAGAUUUACCUUCGUAUCUGCCACACAAGAAUACGCGAUGAAAGACCUGUAUCCGUCGCCUACUACCGUACCCAAGUCUCACUGCUUGGGAAUCACAAUCCUAUCGAAAACACACCUCUUCUACGCAACAGCUGCUGCUAAGGGAGUAGUGCUUCGAUGGUCUCCUGGCGCACUGCUUGCGGCCAGAGUGCGACGAGAAUAAAGAAGAAUGGCUCUCUAUCUGUGGACAGAAUCGCGGUGACUGUUUGGUUGCAUCGUAGUGGGCUGUGCCAGGCUGGACUGCGCCGUCCCUGAACCCUCC